UACAUUGCUUAUGGAAGGAACAUCAGUGCUGUUGUAUUGAGGGCAAUAGAAAUAUUUAGUCACGUUGACAUGUUGUAUCAGUCUAUUAAUGUUCGUGUUGUGAUUGUUUAUUCGUUGACAUGGACAACACGACAAGAGAUAUCAUUCAGUUCAGUACCAAACACUCUACUGAGACUGUUCCGUGAAUACCACACUACCACCACAGCAUUCAAAUCCAUCACUCAUGAUAGCACCCAAUUGAUCACUGGUAUUAAUCUGGAUGGUAAUACAGUAGGUAUAGCUUAUGUUGGUACAAUGUGCAAUUUUGAUUCAUCUGUUGGCUUAACUCAAGAUACAAGAGGUAGUGUUGCAUCAGUUGCUACCAUUGCUGCUCAUGAAAUGGGACACACUUUUGGUAUGAAUCAUGAUGACGAUUCAA